CCUGGAGACCGGCCGGUCGCGACGCCGCGCUGCCCCGCACCGUCUCCGUCCGGCCUGGCCGAGCGCGCGGCGUCCCGAGCGAGAUAAAACUCAUUGACGUCUUGAAACAAACAGCUUUCAACCGAAGGAGUCAUUUGAUUCAUAUACAUGUAAAGUAAAACAGAGGUCUUCUAAAAACCAUGGUGAAGGAAAAGAAAAGAGCAGACAAAAAAGGGGAUAAGUCUGCCCGCUCUCCCUUGUCUGUGUCCAAUUACCCAGCGUUUUCCAAACAAGAUGGCAACUCUGUGAGUCAAGAUAUGCCCCCAGGUGCUUCACCACCCCUGGAUGUGCAGCUCAAGGAACCGGGGCUCAAGAGAGAGUCCGUAAAUGAAAAUCCGCAGAAUGAACAUACCACCCAGUAUGAAGAGCCCACUCUGACCAAACUCAUGGUAGAAAGCUAUGAAGGGGGAAAAGUCCACGGACGGUACGAGGGGGAAGGCUUUGCCGUCUUUCAAGGAGGCGGUACCUACCACGGUAUGUUUUCAGAAGGACUCCUGCAUGGACAAGGGACUUAUGUCUGGGCCGAUGGACUGAAAUAUGAGGGGGACUUUGUGAAGAACCUCCCCAUGAACCAUGGCAUCUACACGUGGCUGGACGGCAGCACCUACGAAGGAGAAGUGCUCAACAGCAUGAGGAACGGGUUUGGCAUAUUCAAGUGCGGCACUCAGCCCGUGUCCUACAUCGGCCACCAGUGCCACGGCAAGAGACAUGGGAAGGGCUCCAUUUAUUACAACCAAGACGGCACCUCCUGGUACGAGGGCGACUGGGUGUACAACAUCAAACAGGGCUGGGGGGUUAGAUGUUACAAAUCUGGAAACAUCUAUGAAGGACAGUGGGAAAACAACGUGCGGCACGGGGAGGGCAGGAUGAGGUGGCUGACCACCAACGAAGAGUACACCGGCCAGUGGGAUAGGGGCAUCCAGAAUGGCUUUGGAACACACACAUGGUUUCUAAAGAGAAUCCCCUACUCCCAGUAUCCUUUGAGAAAUGAAUACAUAGGAGAGUUUGUAAAGGGGGCCCGUCACGGCCAUGGGAAGUUUUACUAUGCCAGUGGAGCCAUGUAUGAAGGAGAAUGGGUUUCCAACAAAAAACAUGGCAUGGGCCGGUUAACUUUCAAGAAUGGGCGUGUGUAUGAUGGUCCGUUUUGCAAUGACCACAUAGCGGAGUUUCCAGAUCUUGAAGGUGAAUUGAUAAGUUACCCGGACCUGCCUUCAGAACCUGGCCUCAGGAGCCAGUCCCUCGGAUCCUCCGUCAGCACCGAAAUCAUCAGAAAGCUUGAUGGCAGUGAAAGCAGUUCCAUGUUAGGAUUGAGCAUUGAGCUGGAUCUCAGCUUGGUGCUGAACAUGUUCCCUGAGAGAGACCAGCCAGAAGAAAAGAAGCAGGUAGAAUAUGCUAUCUUAAGAAAUAUCACCGAGUUAAGAAGAAUCUAUAGCUUUUACAGCAGCCUAGGAUGUAGCUGCUCCCUGGAUAACACCUUUUUGAUGACAAAGCUUCACUUCUGGAGGUUUCUGAAAGAUUGCAAAUUUCAUCACCAUAAAAUAACCCUUGCUGAUAUGGACAGGGUACUGAGUGCCAAUAAUGACAUACCAGUUGAAGAAAUUCAUUCUCCAUUUACAACAAUACUUCUGAGGACAUUUCUGAAUUCUCUCCUGCAGUUGGCGUUCCACAUUCAUCACAAAGAAUACCAGAACAGAAGCCCAUUGCUCUUUCUGUGUUUUACAAAACUGAUGACUGAGAACAUUCAUCCAAAUGCCUGCCACGUCAAAGGCCACUUAUUCUGUGAGGUGCAGCGGACGCUCUAUUCAAUGAAUUACAUCGAAAAGUGCUGGGAGAUCUAUACGGUUUACUGCAGACCCAGUGCAGCUCCUCCCUACGAGCUGACCAUGAAGAUGAGACACUUCCUCUGGAUGCUGAAGAACUUCAAAAUGAUCAAUAAAGAAUUAACAGCAACCAAAUUUGUGGAGGUCAUAGCAGAGGAUAAUCCUUUCAUGCAUGACGGAAUUGACAGCAACUUUGAACUUGAGCUGGUUUUCCUGGAAUUCUUCGAAGCUCUGUUAUGCUUCGCACACAUCUCUGUUCCUGACCAAACGACUAAAUCCUGUUUAAAUUUUCCAAACGAUGACAUCUCUGGAAACAAAUUUGGAAGCACUUACAUGAUGACAAAUCAGAGACCCUCUUGUGUGUUUAUGCUUGACCAGAACACCCAGAACAGGAGCGCAAGCGCAGUGACCAGCCCGGAGUCUGAGGUACAGUGUGGCAGCAACGAGUCGGCUUCAAGCAAGUUAGGCCUCUUGCUCGCUAUCGGCAAAAUGAGUAAAUCAGAGCCCAAGGUCAAGACAUCUGUAAGCGACAGGAGAGCCUCCAAGAUGAAUUUUAAAUCUCCAGGGAAAGGGCUAACCUUCCUUUUAUCUCAAAAUGAGAAAAAAGAAAAAUCCAAGGAUGAACAAAAGGAAAAACUCAACAUGUGGAUCACUAACAUGUACAUCUUUUUCGUGAACACACUCUUCCAAGCACAUAAACACGAAGAAACCCUCAAGGAGAAAGUCAGGGAAAACCGGCUGCAUAAUGAAGCGAUGGCCCAGCAGAGGGAAAUGGAAGACGAUGAGCUGGAAGCCAGGCUAAACAGCUUGAAAGAGGAAGAGGCCAAAAGACCAGACCUGGAGGUCGAUAUCACUGUGAUCAAGGAACCGGUGGACGCCCCCUCCUCCAGUAUCACACCAAGCCCCCCGAAAGAGGACACAGUGGUGUCUCAGAGCAGCAAAUCCAUCUCAAGUAAGAAAAAGAGAAAGUAGAGGUCACUGGGCUUGUAAAUGAGCCACAAGAACAAGCAGACAUAAAAGGAGCCAAGAACCAAAGCACUGGGAUUCAAACUUCCUCACCAGCAAACCUGUGUGUGUUUUACUUCUUGUCUCCAUGUUUCAUUAAACACCACAGCCUGGGCCCACUGGGUUUUGGGUUUAUUAUGGGUUUAUUAUUUGGUGGGCUCACCAGAAUGCCUCUGUUUUGACAACUGAGCUGAAUGCAGAUACACACAUGUGGGUUUUAAGUGACAGUAUAUA